AUCAGGGUAGGCUGUGCCGUGGCUGGAAGUUACUGAGCGGCGGCGGCUAAGAAGGCGGCUGCGGUGGCGGCGGUGGCGGCUGAGGCGGCAGCUGAGGCGGCGACGGAGAGAGCAGAAGAUGGCAGAUUUUUUGAAAGGACUGCCCGUCUACAACAAAAGCAAUUUUAGUCGAUUUCAUGCUGACUCCGUGUGUAAAGCCUCGAAUCGACGCCCCUCAGUCUAUCUGCCCACGCGGGAGUACCCAUCUGAACAGAUCAUUGUGACAGAAAAAACGAACAUCCUUUUGCGCUAUCUACAUCAGCAAUGGGAUAAAAAGAAUGCUGCCAAGAAGAGAGACCAGGAGCAAGUGGACCUUGAGGGUGAGAGCUCGGCUCCUCCCCGCAAAGUCGCACGGACCGACAGCCCAGACAUGCACGAGGACACUUAAGACUCACACUCCUGAUAGGUGCCUCCUGUCUUGUCUGCUCCUCACCCACCUGCCGUGUGUAAGCACCCUGCCCGCCCGCC